AUGUGGUCUAAAUCUUUCCACAUAUCAGAAAUAUCAACAACAUUUAAAUCGGAAAAAUUCUUGCCGACCUAAGAAUUUUACUCAAGCUCCAAUAGGAAAUCCAGCUACAGCCCCUGUUCUAGUGCAAAAUAUUACUCCAACGCAAAAUCCAGCACCAGCUCCAGAGGGCAAUCUCAUUUCGUUCGAUGAAAACCCACCAACACUCCAGCUGAGAGAAGAAAAUGUGCCGGCAGUCGACCUUUUAACUGACGAUAUAAAAGUAGGGCCAAGUUCUAUUAUUCAAGGAGAACAAAAAAAGAAAUCAAUAUUAACGAUAGAUGAAUUAAUGAAAUGGUUAUCAAAACCAGGAAUUAAAAAUAAUAAAAAGAUUAGGUCAGAACCUAUACCAAAGACAGAUGAAGAAUGGUUCGAUUUAAUGGAGUCGGAUGAUGACGAUAAAGAUAGAGAACCCAGUGAUUCAGAAUAUGAUACUGCUGAAGAAGAACCAGAUAUUCAUUUUGAAAAAAUUAAUGAUCCAUACAUUAAUAGAAUAUCGGAAGCUAAAAAAUUUAAUGAAGGUGAAGUAUGUGAUUAUUAUGCAUUUGUACCAAAAGAAUACUAUGCUGAAGGUGAGCCGUUAGCUUUCUUUGAAUCUAUUGAGGAAAAAAUUGCUAAUAUAUAUAAAAAAGAAUUAACUUUAAAAGGAGGGUUAAAGGUGAGAAUUGUAUUAAUAGCAUAUAUGAAGAAAAUUACGCCAGAAUCUCAAGAGCCAUUAUUUAAGUCAAUUCCAUUCAAACAUAAUACAAUAGAAAUUAUAAGAGAAGAUCGAAUUAAUGCAAGUAUAGAAAAAGGAUAUAAUGAAAUUAUAGAUGAAAUAGAAGAUGAGGCGUUACAAGAAUCCGGAUGGUCAUUCGUCCGAGCAGAAGAGGUAUUUCUUGAAAUAAGCGCUUUUAGACCAUUGCGAGGUAGUAGUUAUCUACCUUUAUUAGAAGCUUUAGAUAAACCUCAACUAGGAUUAAUUAAUCCACAAAAUAGGGACGAUAAUGAGUGUUUUAAAUGGUGUAUAAGUGCAUAUCACACAAGAGAGGAAGUAAAAAAAGCUAAUAAAAAGCCACUGCAUCUUAAUGAAAUCCGGAGACUUAGACGAAAUGCUAAUAUAGCAAAUUAUAAUAGCAUAAAAUUUCCAGCAACAUUAUACGAUAUAGAUAAAUUCGAGGAAAUUAACCCUAACUAUGCUAUUAAUAUAUUUAGGCCAGUUUAUAAAGAAGCUUUCGGAAAAAUAAUAGUAGAUAUAGACCCAUUACAUAUUUCAGAACGAAAUUACCAGGUCGAGCAUAUGAUAGAUUUAUUAUAUUUAACAGAAGGUGAGGAGAGUUUAAAUGAUCGAAAAAAUCCUAACGAUAUACCAGAAGGACUUAAAACACAUUAUGUCCUUAUAACAGAUUUUACACGAUUGAUGCGUAAAUGGAACAAUCAUCAUGAUAAAAAAUACUUCUGCCAAAAAUGCUUACGAUUUCCUUAUAGUCGACUAGAUUUAUUAGAAAAGCAUAUUCCAACAU